UAUAUAUAUUGUUUUUUUAUAUAUCUGAGAUACAUAGUUUCAUAUGAGGACUUCAGUUACCAUACUUUAAAAUGGCAGUAAUUGAAGAGUCUAGUUUUGUCAAUGAUAGUAUUUUUCUCAAGAUUUUAUAUGGCAUUGUGAAUUUUCUUAAAACAGAUGAAGAUCAUUUUCACAUAUCAGGUUAUGUAAACAAAUAAUAAUUUUUUGUUUCUGAGCAGCUGAAAAUCCACAGUAGCAUCAAAGUGAAAAACUGACUAUUUGAUAUUAGAUGACAUAUCUUAGGUCAUUGGAGUUUCUUUGAAGAUAAUUAAAUUGUUACAGUUAAAUUUAUUCACCGCAUAAAAAUGUUUAGAAAAUUUUCCAAAUCCAAGUUACAUCAUCACGAAAUUGAUUUCUCUAUCAUAUGGUUUCAACAAGUUGGGACAAUUACUCGCACGAUAUCCAAAGAAAGUAAAGUGAAUGCCCUAUAGAAGGAAGUUUUGAAAAUCUGAAGGAAAGAAGACAAGAUGAAAUUUUAAUAAUACCAGAGAACAUUAAAACAGUGAGUGGUGCAGAACUUCUAAGCAAGAUUUCAAGAAUGUAUGAAUUAUGGAAGACAACUUAAUGAGAAAGUAAACAAAUGAAAUGUGAACUAUGUGAAAUAAAAUGAUUGAACAAUUGCAAGAAGGAAUAGGAAAAUUAUCUUGUCAAGCUUAUUUUUUAGUUUAUGUUUCAACAGAUGGAAAUAUUUCUGUUGUUCCUCUUAGAGACUAUCAUAUAAUUAGUGGAGAGCCAGGAAAGAUACUUUUAGCAUUUGCAGAUCCAUCCACUUUCAAUUGCUAUCCUGGCUGGCCAUUACGAAAUUUGUUAUCUCUAGUUGCUUAUCAUUGGGGAAAAGAUAAAAAAGAAUGGGAAAUAAUAUGUUUUAGAGAUCGUCUCAAGUCUUGUGUUCACAGUCUUGUUUUAAAAAUACAAUUGGGCACUCUAGAUCUUCAACAAGUGCCCCCUCCAUGUGUUGGAUGGGAAAAGAACGUUCAACAGAAAGUAGGUCCUCGUAAAGUUGAUCUAAGCGCAUCAUUAGAUCCUGUCAAAUUAGCUAAAUCUGCAGUACAUUUAAAUUUAAAAUUAAUGAGAUGGCGUUUAGUCCCAGAUUUAGAAUUAGAUGAAGUCAUGUCUACAAAAUGUUUAAUUUUGGGUUCUGGUACACUUGGCUGUAAUGUUGCUAGAUGUUUGCUUGGUUGGGGUAUUAGAACAAUAACGAUGGUUGACAAUUCACAAGUAUCUUAUUCCAAUCCAGUUCGUCAAUCUCUCUUUACUUUUCAAGAUUGUCUUCAUGGUGGUAGGAGAAAAGCUGAAGCUGCUGCCGAAGCUUUAUUAUCCAUUUUUCCAGGAGUGAAUUCUGAAGGAAUUAAUCUAACAAUACCAAUGCCUGGUCAUCCUAUUCCUGAAAAAUUAAUAGAUCAGAUUAAAUUGGAUGUAGAGAAGUUAGAAGAACUAAUUGAAAAUCAUGAUGUUAUAUUUCUUUUAAUGGAUACAAGAGAAAGCAGAUGGUUACCAACAGUAAUAGCUUCUGCAAAAAAGAAGCUAGUAAUAAAUGCUGCUUUAGGGUUUGACACUUACUUAGUUCUUCGACAUGGCAUAAAAAUAGACAAUUGUCCAACAUCUGCACCAAAAUUAGGAGAAAGUAUUCCUGGAAAUCAGUUAGGAUGUUAUUUUUGUAAUGAUGUUGUAGCACCUGGUGAUUCAACUCGAGAUCGAACUUUAGAUCAGCAGUGUACCGUGACUAGACCAGGAGUAUCAAUGGUUGCUGCAGCGUUAGCAGUUGAACUUAUGAUUAAUGUAAUACAACAUCCUCAAAGAGGUCUGGCCCCCGCAGACACGAGUGCCCGAGACGAUCACCUGAAGGUAGAAAUCGCUUCUCCGUUGGGAAUCGUGCCUCAUCAGAUAAGGGGCUUUCUAGCACGCUGUCAUCAAAUUUUACCCGCCAGCGUAGCUUUCAAUUAUUGCACUGCCUGCUCUUCCCAGAUAAUCAACAAGUAUCAAACUGAAGGAUUCCAGUUUUUACUCCAAGCAUUUAACAAUCCCAACUAUAUAGAGGAAUUGACGGGACUGAAACAACUACAACAGGAAACCGAAGAAGUCGAGAUUUGGGAGCUCAGCGACGACGAAAGUUUAGGGGGGACUAGCGGAUCCGAGAAAGGCGAACCCCACUGACCGGACAAGUAGCCGACGCGUAUAGAUCAAAAGUACUGUGAUAUUAGUUUGUAUUCCGAAGUACAGUAUGUAUAUUAUCUAUACAGUUUUUCUCGAUACGUACGACAAACUUCUCACUUUCGGUGACGUUCUUCAUCCUCCAAUGAAAGCAAAUUGCUUUUGAUAAUUUUAAGAAUUUUUUUUUUUUUUUAAGAAAUUGAGGGAAAAAAUUCUUGUAAAAUAAUGUACAAUCAAUGUAAAUUGUUUGUUCUAGUAAAACAUAAAGCAGUUUGUAAAUGUU